UUGAUUAGUACGAUGGUGGUGGCUUUAUUCCAGGAGAUGCUUAAGCUGUAAGAAAAGCGAAAGAAAGAACCACCCGUCUUCUCCCCUUUUCCUUCGCUGCUUCCUCGGUGGGAGCACUCCACCCGGCGAAGGUGCCAUCUGCUUCCUUCGCGUCCUCCUUCACGCCACUGUAAAACCCACUCUCUCUCUCUCUCUCUCUCGCUCUCUGUGCGAGUUUAUGUUGUGAAAACUUUGAUUUUUGGCGCUCAAUCCGCGAGAACUCGAUCAUGGGUGGUGAAGCCGUCGACUCCGUCGUCUCCAGCGGCUCUUUAUCCGACGGCGAAGUGUCACUGGACGAAGGCUUCGCUACUCAAGUUCCCACUCAUUUCAGGGAUGGUCUCAGCAGCAACGUUGGGAGUGAAACUUCGAAGAAAGAUGAUGUUUUUGGACUUGGGGAUUUCGAGGGGGAGGAUGGCGUGUUUUCUUCUGCUCUGGAAUCUGAAAUUUACUUGCGAAGGAGGAGCAGUGCUUAUAGAGAAGUCUUGGGGAGCUAUGACACCUCACGGGUUCCUAUUGAAAGUCUGGGCCGUGCGAAAAGCAAGAUUCUGAGCUACCACCCUGGAGCAUGGAUCGAGGAAGUAGGUGGUACAAGAUCUUUUGACUAUAAUGUACCACAGACAACGUCCCUUGUCUUGAUUGGUCCAAGAGGGUCAGGAAAAAGCAGUCUUGUCAACAGGAUAUCCAAGUUGCUGGAGGAUGAUAAUUUUGCCUCAGAAAGAGCCCAAGUAUCAUAUAAUCCUUCUGUGGGAGAUGGGACAUACUUCCUCCAGGAGUACAUGAUUCCAAGGGGUUCAACAUCCUUCUGUCUUUAUGAUACCCGUAGUCUGUCUAUGGACCCCUCUGAAGACAAUAAAAUCAUCAAACGAUGGAUGACAAAAGGCGUUCGUCAUGGUGAACUUGUCAUCAGGGAAUCAGAUAAUUGGAGUUUAAGGAAGAGAAUGAGGUGCAAAGCUCGCUGGGGUGGCCAUCCGUUCUCAGUAAUAAGGAGGGUGAAUUUUGUGAUAUUUGUUGUUAACGGCCUAACAGUUCUCAAAUCCAUGGACAAUAACCAUGAUGGCCAAUCACAGUACACGCAGUUGAUUGCAGAUACCUACAAUUGCCCAUAUUUGUCAUUUAAAGAUGACAAGCCUGUUGUAGUUGUUACACAUGGCGAUCUACUUUCAAUCCCUGAACGUGCUCGUGUUCGUGUAUACCUGGGAGAGCUGUGUGGCAUCCCUCCUACAAAGCAGAUAUUUGAUAUUCCAGAUAACUCCGAUCUUCUAACGCAGUUCACAAUAGUUGACAUGCUGCGCUAUUCCCUUGAACAUGCUGAUAGAAAUCUACCUCGUAAGACUUGGGUGUUAAAAAGGGAAUGGAGAGUGCCGGUCUCAGCAUGCCUUUAUCUGGCUCUUAUUGUUGGAAUCGCUAUCAUUGCAGCCUGCGUAAAAAGAGCACACCCCAGUUUAAGAGGAAUGCGCCCUGUACAUAAAUCAAAGAUCCACAUUGAUUGGCCUAAAAUUCGGCAUUUGUGGCUGGGAUGAGAAGAUUGCUUUAAUCUUUGCUAUAUAGUCUGUCCCACUGCCACACCUUUGAAUCUGAAGCAACCACCGAGCGUUCAUUCAUAAAAGACCAGUUGUUGUACAUGAGCACUGGCAAAAACUUUCAGAUGCGUGGUUAUGAACAGUUCUUGUGACGAAUAAAUUGCUUUUAUGUAUCCAAGCUCCCAAACAUGUUCCUUCGAAGUAGACUUUUCAUUGUUUAUAUGUGGUUAAAUCACUUGCGGAUAUGAAAGAUUAUAUUGCUUCUGAUAUCA